UUUGUUUGCUGACGACAGAAGCUGCAGAAUGUUGCUGAAAGAUAAACCGGAAUAUCUAGUAAUGGCGACAUCUUAACAUUAAUUCCUGUCGAGAAAAAUGACAACAAGAUUAGUUGGAAAUAUAGAGGACUUAACCAAACAGAUCAUGUCUUUGAAUAAAUUAUGGAUAUUACCAAUUUCUCUGCCAACAAGUCUAAGAGUUACCUCCCCUGCCCGAGUGACUACCAUCAGUAUACUUGCUGUGAUUGGAUUGUAUUAUUACUAUCGUCGAUGGAAGAAAAAACAGAGGACUCAGCCUCAAAAGGAUGAAGGGCGAGAACAUAAUGAUACUGGGUACAAGACCUCACAUUUAAAUAGUCCAAAUGGAGAUGUCCUGAUGGGUCGUGUGAGAAGAGCCGAAAGUCCAAGUGGGAGCUCAAAUCGCUCUCUAUCCUUAUUACGGACCAAGUCUUUAUCAGGAUCUACCUCAAGUUUAGGGGCUGUUUCUACCACAUCUACAAUCACCCAUCCUGUGGUGGACACUACCAACUAUGGGCCGGUACAGCUUUGUUCUCUAGGGUUUGAGACACUGCAGCUAGCUGUCAAGUACUGGGAGGAUGCUAUGGUGAAACUUCAGAGUCCUGAUGAUACCAACAGACCAACAGCCAUACUGGAUCCUGAGAAUAUUGCCCUUCACAGUCAGCUAGAUAAACUUCUGGAGAAUGCUUACAGAUUGAUUGACAGUUAUGAACACCAAUGUGAGCGUCAGGCAGAUCGUGUGGCCUUCGACACUGCCAUCGCUGCAUUCACGGAGGUGGACAGAAUGUCGGAGAGAAAGAGUUUGGAUGCAACGUCUAGCAGCGACCAGGAGUCUUUUGUCUCUGCUACUGAUAUGGCCAAUUUAUCUGACUUGGAGACUCACAGAGAAAUGUUUCACCACUUGCCAUUGUACGAGGCUGGUCUUCUGGAACUAAAGCAUGGAUCUGUCACCUGUAGAACACUGAGGACAGAGAUGACACAGUGUAUGUCAGACACAGAGUUCCUGGCUAAGCUUCAUGGUAUCAGACUCGCUCUCGAUGUGGUAUUCAAGACUCCAGAAAAUAGAACCUAUUUUCAUCAAAUGGGUCAGCAGUUAUUGGGAAGCUUCCUGAUAAAAGCUGACAGAGACACUGACGACUUCAAUCAGGCCUUCGCUAACAUGAUAGACUUUGUUGAAGAUGCCAGCAACUGGGGCACCAUUGAGGAGGAGCUUAGGGGGCGAGGGGUGAAAUGCUUUUCAUUUUAUGACGUUGUCCUUGAUUUUAUUGUGAUGGAUGCGUUUGAUGACCUCGCCAAUCCUCCCUCCUCCGUCAUCACGGUGGUACAGAAUCGAUGGCUGUCUAACGGCUUCAAAGAGACGGCACUAGCAACAGCUGUUUGGUCAGUAUUAAAGGCCAAGCGACGGUUACUGAAGUUUUCUGACGGGUUUAUAUCCAAAUUUUACUCUAUAACGGAACACACCAGUCCAGUAUUGGCAUGGGGCUUUCUGGGACCAGAGUCGGAACUCAAAGAUUUGUGUUAUUGUUUCAAAGAUCUGGUUUUGGGACUGAUUAGAGACAUUUUUAGUUUUGAGAAAUCUCGUUACACAACUGUUGAAGAUUUGGGUGAAGACAUAGUGAAGUUAACACGGCAUCGUAUGGAGGAAGCUUCCAAACUGUUAAUGUGAACAGGACCACAUCAUCAAUAUGUCUGUGAUAAUUGUUUAUACUGUGUGGUGUGAACAGCACAAAGUCAAAUGUCUCAUCUAUAUACAACCUUGUUAUACCCUUACUUAGUAACUGCUUUGUCUCUGUGUGUGUGUGUGUAAAUUACACCAAAGGUAUACCAAGUGAAUCACUUGUUAUCAUUCAUCUUAUUGUUCCAUAUUUUAGUCAACGGAAAUUUGGGGGGAGGGGGUUUUUCCUGGGGUAUAAGUUAAAAUUUGUAUAUCUUCAACUUUGUGUUAUUUUUUAUGUUAAAUGAUGAUUUUAAGUCAUGAUAAUUAUGAGAAUUAAAUUUACAAUAUAUUUUCAUAUCUCUCUUAGUCUUUAGAGGGAUAUUUUUUUAUAAUUUUUUCAAGGCAUCAGCAAACCCGAAUAUCGAAACUUCGAUACUUUGAAGAUAAUUUAGAAUUAGAUGGUAUUUAAAGGUUAUUUUCUUUAUAUAUUUUCAUAUACUUGCAAUCAGUUGUUUACACUAAAACAUCUGAUCGGUUGAUCUACUUGUCUAUCUUUGCAGACAAGAAUAGGGGUCUGAUCCAGUGAAUAGUGAAAGUAUUCACAAUUUGCAAGGUCAUUAAAUAUACAUCAUGUGUUAUACUCACUUAGGAUUUGUCAAAUUUCAUAGAAAGUUGGUUUCUCUAUUAAGACUUUUCAUAUCAUCUCAGAAAAGCUAGUUAAUGACAGCACACUAAUGUAUAUACUACUGUUUCAGAAUAGCUGGGGUUAAGUUUGCAUAGAAAUGUGCUGGUAGACAGACUUAAUAAAAUCAACCUGACCUUAUUUGAAGAUAUAAUUGAUGAUGGGGUCUCUAAGUAAAUAUGGUGUGAAGUGUUGUUUUCCUGACAGUGCAAUGUGUGUGUAAGUUCAACUUACAGUUUCAAGUACUUGUAUGAUAGACAACAAUCGAUUACUGACUUUUGUUGAAUUUGUAUGAUGUUUUAUUGUUUGACAAUAUAGACAUGUAUAUAUACAAUAUAGAUCUAUGGUAUUAUAAAGCAUGAAAGAUAUAUUAUUGUAUUUUUUUUGUUUGUUAUUUUGUAUUGUAUAUCUUAACUUAAAUGUUCAGUAGUGCUAUUUUUACAAUAAAUGAUCAUGUGACAUGUUUACUUGAUGUAUUGGACUACUUUGGAGUAAAUAUAUGUAUGAUAUUUCUGAUGAGUGGUGAGUAUGAACCAUUUAUUAUCACAAAUUUGUAUUUAAGAAGAAAAUUAUUUGUGUACUAAUAUAGAUUGUAAUAGAUGUAGUUUUGGGGCUGUUCCAGAAAAAAGACAUUCUCCUGGGGUGUUACUUUCUAAAAAGCCACACCACCUGUAAAAUUUUGCACUUUUAUUGACAUUAUGCUUCCAUAUUGUGUUAAUACUGUUAACAUAUUAAUGGUCUAUAACAUUUGGAUUUACCUACAUAAUCUUAAUUUCAGAUCAUUUAAAUCAAUUUAAUUAUUAAUUAGUAACACUAAGCUACUUUGUCUUUCAUUUCUUAUUCUUUAGUCCCCACACUGAAAACAGGAAUGUGUGGAAUGUUUGAGACAGGUACAUUUCAUACUAAUCAUGACUAAGUCAGUCUUCUGUUGUAUGAUGUAUGUCAGUAGAAGAGUCAUUGAUACUGUUUAUAGUCUGGUCUGACCUGAGUCAUGUCAUGUGUUAAGUGCUCAUCCAGGUAAUUAUGUCCAUAUUUGGAGUUGUCGUUGAAUCAUGCAUUAAGUCAGAUGAGAGUUUUGUUGGAAGCAUAGUUUAUAAAACUCUAAUUUUAAUUUGUAUGUUAUACAAUGUAACAGUGAGACUUUACCACACAUAUAUAUAUAUUCCCUAGAGACUUGUGACAAUAUGGUAAAAUUUUUAUA